AUGUCCACCGUUGAGCAGACCAAGAUUGUCGACCAGGUCGCCCCUGUUGUCGAGGCUGUUGCCGUUGAGGCCCCCGCCGCCGCCGAGGUUGCUGCCGCCAUUGAGGAGGCUGCUGCCGUUGCUGAGGCUCCCGCUGCCGCUGCCGUCGUCGAGGCCCCCGCCGCUGUCGAGGAGGCCGCCGCUGCUCCCGCUGCUGUUGAGGAGGUUGCUGCCGAGGAGAAGCCCGCCACUGAGGAGGUCGCUGCUGCCACCACCGAGGGGGCUGUCGAGAAGACUGAGGAGGCCACCACCGAUGCCGAGGAGGAUAAGCCCAAGGAUAGCGCCUUCAACAAGCUGAAGCGUCGCAGCACUGUCGUUAAGGCCAAGGCUGGCGGAGUUCUCAGCCGCCUCAAGAAAUUGCUCGCCAGACCCGCCAAGGAGGCCAAGCCCGAGGAGGCCAAGGCCGAGGAGGUUGCCGCUGACGCUGCCGCCGCUCCCGCCGCCACUGAGGAGGCCGCCACAUCCGAGGAGACCCCUAAGGCCGCCGAGUCUAACGACUCUGCCGUAGUUACCACUGAGAAGGUUGAGGAGGUUGCCAAGGUCGAGGAGGAGGCCCCCAAGGCCGUCGAGGUUACACCCGCGGUUGCUACUGCCUCCGCGUAA